GGCGGGUAACCUGGCGAGGGCGGGCGGGACAGCUCCAGAGAGCGGAGAGGAGGCCGGGGUUUCUCCGAAGACCCGGCCCUGAGGAUCCCUCACCGCGAGGAAGGACCAUCGCUAUGGAAACCAGAGCGUGGGACGGCCCGGGAUUGUGGCUCCCGGAUGGUGGUGACCGGUCUUCUCUCUCCCCGAGACCCUCGCCCACUUCGGGCGAGGUUGCUUCCUGAACGAACCUGCUCUCUCGCCCCCAAGAGAAAGUUUCCCAUGGCACAGCCUAGCAGAAAGAUGCAGCCUUUGUGCCUCACUGGCCGCUGACCCACUGGCCUGAUGACAGCACCCCCGUGUACCUUUCCGGUUCAGUUCCGGCAGCCAUCAGUCAGCGGCCUCUCACAGAUCACCAGCAGCCUAUACAUCAGCAAUGGGGUGGCUGCCAACAACAAGCUCAUGCUCUCCAGCAACCGGAUCACCACGGUCAUCAAUGUCUCGGUAGAAGUGGUGAACACUUUAUACGAGGACAUCCAGUAUGUACAGGUGCCGGUGGCUGACACACCCAUCUCACGUCUCUGUGACUUCUUUGACCCCAUUGCUGACCACAUCCACAGUGUGGAGAUGAAGCAGGGCCGCACACUGCUGCACUGCGCUGCUGGCGUGAGCCGCUCAGCUGCCCUCUGCCUUGCCUACCUCAUGAAGUACCAUGCCAUGUCCCUGCUGGACGCCCACACGUGGACCAAGUCAUGCCGGCCCAUCAUCCGGCCCAACAAUGGCUUUUGGGAGCAGCUCAUCCACUAUGAGUUCCAGCUCUUUGGCAAGAACUCCGUGCACAUGGUCAGCUCCCCUAUGGGAGUAAUCCCUGACAUCUACGAGAAGGAGGUCCAUUUGAUGAUUCCACUGUGAGCCAUCUCACCAGCCUCUGUGCCCAGGUCAAAGGUGCAGAUCUGCUGUUGACCGAGAUCUGAACUUAAACGUUCUACUGUUGUUACAGAAAAAACAGAUGAUGCCUUUUAUAAGGAUCAGGAAAAAAAGGAAAGGUGCUGUAGUUUUUAACCUUAUUAUCCAUAUCUUCAAAGAUUAAAUUCACUAACUGUACGAUGGUGCAGGUAAGUUUCCUACCCUGUGAGUGACAGGUCAUGGCUGCUGGCCAGAUGGGAGAGAAAGGCAAGUGCCCAGGUCAAAUGGACCAGUGCCUAAAGCAUAUGGCAAGCUUGGAAGCCUGCUGCCCUCCCACAGACCGACCAACCCACAAACGAGGCAGCCACCAUUCCACUUCACUCUUUCAAACCCAAAGCCAGAGCCUUAAGCAUCAUGGCGCCUCCUGUGCCACUCACAGUCAGUGCCAACCUACUAGAUAAAUGGCCUUCAGGUGGUGCUCUGGGAGCCCUGGGGGCCCAGGCCAACCCUGCUUCUACCUUCAGCCACAGGGACCCAACUCUGGUUUUCUGGAUUGGAUUUACACAUGACAUAGUUUUCAAAGAAAGCAUUCCAUUGUAUAAAACUAAAAAAAAAAUUUUUUUUUUUAGUGCUAUUGUAGGUGGCAAGGUCUCAAAGUACCCAUGGCAGUCCCCCGCCGGCCUUUGAUGGUGGCAUUAGUUUCCUUCUUAGAGACACAUGUGGAGAGCAGGCCUGACAUCAGGCUUCAGGGGUUCCUCUCACAGGUCUUGAUUUGGAAGGCCAGAGCUGCAGACUGGAACCUAGCCUUGUCACCUCCUCCCUAUAUGAUUUGGGACCUCUUGGAGCCUCAGCUUUCUCAUCUGUCCAAGCAAUUACAGCCCUUUUCUCCCAGCAUUGUCAUGAAGAUUCAGCAAUUCCUUAACUUGGUGCCUGACACAUGGUCAGGGCUUAUGGUAGCAACUCUAGGCAUGAAUGAUGCUUUGACCCUGCUGGUCCCGGUUAUCGCGGUCAUCCUCGCAAUGGCAUUUCCCCUAUCUUUGCACAACCCUUUACUGUUUACAAAAUGUUCUUCCAAAAAGUCCUCCUGUGUGAAAAAAAAAAAUGGUUUAAGUCCCUUCACACCCUACUUUAGAAGAGGCCUAGCUUCUUAGCCUUUUCAGAGAUCCCAUUGCAUUUAAUCCAUGCAUGCCCUGGGGGUCCUAAAGCAAGGAGCACUCUUCCAGAUUCCCCACAAAGGCCUUGUUUAGAUUGCUGACCACUAAAGCCAGUGCCCUGGUCUGGCUAACCACCUGGGUCUAUGAGGGCACAUGACAAAGGGACAAAUGAGUGGGCCCAACCUAUAGACCCUGAAAUCCAAGAUGGUUCAAACCUCCCAAGGACCUGAGGAUCUGACUCAAGACCAGCAAUUCUAAUCCAGAGGUUUUCAAAUGAACAAUAUAGGAGACAAAAGCACAACUUCUCUGUGGGUCGAGUCCAGUGGAAGCCAAAUGCCUUCUACCCCACCCCCACUUCCAUGACGGGCAUGCCCAAGGGUACAAUUUUAGAGUGUGGGGGAGAAGGAAAAUCACUGCUGUAGACUGACUUCUCGUUUUAUAGGUGAAUAAACAGACCCCCAAACACCAGGGCUGGUGUGGCAGAGCCCCCACAAAGCAGACUUUCUGGAAUAAACCCAAGUGGGAAAUUUCUUCUAUAGCCUUCUUAAAAAGAAAUUGAUUGGGACAUGUUUUAUCUUCAUUUUUAAAAACUUUGAAUUAAUAUACCAUAAAAUUAACUUUUUUGUAUGUACAGUUCUGUUUUAACCCAUUUGUGUAACUACCUCUGCAGUUAGAACACAGCAGUUCCAUCACCCAAAAAAUUAUCUGAUGUCACCUCUUUGUUGUCAAACCUUUGCUCCACUCAAGCCUCUGGCACACACCAAUCUGUUCUCCAUUCCUGAAGAUUUGCCUUUUCUAGAAUGUCGCAUCCAUAGCAUCAUAGAGGAUGUAAUCUCUGGAGACUGGCUUCUUUAGUAUGUCUUUGAGAUUCAUUCAGGUUGUUUUUUAUAGCUAAGUAGUGUUCCAAUGUGCAGAUGUACCACAGUUUGUUUUUUAAUAUUCACCCAUUGAAGGAUAUUUGGGUUUCCAGUUUGGGGUGAUUUUGAAUAAAACUGCUACAAACA